ACAUUUGACAAAAGAAACCUUCAAAGAUCACAAACUAGCUGACCCUGUGACUGAUCUUAGUCACAGAAAGUGCGCAGACCAUAAGAAAACUUUUGAGUUUUUCUGUCAGGAUGAUGGAGUCUGUGUAUGUUCUUCAUGUGCAGCAAUAGGCAGACAUAAAUCCCAUGCAAUGGUGAACCUGGAUCAGGCAGAAACUUCUAGAAAGGAAGAAUUGAAGAGAGAAGUUGAAAAACUCCAGAAGGUUCAACAGAAUUUUUCCUUCAAAGAGCAAGACAUUGAGAAAUCAGAAGCUGAAUUAAAGAAACUCACCAGAAAGCUGAAAGGAAACCUGUUGCAGAAAUUCUCUGAAAGGAGGAAACAGUUGGAAGAAGAUGAACAGUGUGUAUGGAGACUGAUCGAUGAGGAGGAGCUUUGCCAGCUCUCUGAGAUCAGGAGAUGUUCAGGAACAUUAGACAAGAUGGUGGAACAGCUUAAAUUAAUAAAUAAAGAAGCACAGAAGCUGAUGCAAGAGGACUGUAUCUCAUUUAUUCAGAAUUCAAAGGAGCACCUUUCCAGAGUUAUUGAGAGUCAGAAAAUUACCUAUCUGGAUACCCCAGAGCUCACCCUGAACCUGUCCAAAGUAUCUCAGCUUCUCAAAAAGUGGAAGGAGGAAUCUAAGAAGUUCCAUUUGACCAUAGAGGAAGUGAUAAGAAUACAUGAAUGUGUGAAAUCGACGGGCAAGGAAGAACCACCUGAUUUAGCGAGUCUGCCCUAUACACAGAGCAACCAAGCAAGUCCACUCCUGCCUCAAACAACAACAUCUGCCAAAAGCAGUGCCUUGAAAGGGGCAACAGCAGCUGUAUAUUGGGCAGCACCUGUAAAGGAAACUACUGGAGAACUGUGUGAUUAUAUUCAAUCUCAACAGAACCAAUCAGUGUUAACUGCCUACAAGUACCAGGGGCUGAAAGAAACCAUAUCCAAGUCUUCUGCAGGAGCAACAUUAGCUCAACAGCCAGAAAAAACAGAUCUGCAAGACAGCAAACAGAAAACGAAUGUACUGGAGAGACUAUCAAAAGUAUCAGAAGGGGAAUUGACACAGUUAACCCUGGAUCCAAACACGGCGAACAAGCACCUGAUUCUGUCUGAUGAUCGGCGAUCAGUGAUGUACAGUCGUCAGGAACGGCCCUACCCAAAUAAUCCAGAGAGGUUUGUCAGCCACCCUCAAAUCCUCUGCAGAAAGAGUUUCUUCUGUGGAAGCUAUUUCUGGGAUGUGGAAACUGUUGGUAAUUGGUGGGGGGUAGGGAUCGCAUAUGGAAAUAUACAGAAGGUGGGUAGGAAUUCUGAUCUUCGGAACACCGCAAAAGCUUGGUGCUUGCACCUCUGCUUUAGUGACUUGUCAGCCUUUCAUAAUAACCAGCGUACACGUCUAUCACUGCACCCCUCCGUCAGCAGGAUCCGAGUUAAGUUGGACUAUGAUGCAGGGACUGUGUCAUUCUUCCAGGUCACUGACACAUUGACACACUUACACACGUUUAAAGCUACAUUUGCUGGAGAUCUAUAUCCAGCUUUUUGCUGUGAGAAUAACUCUGGGCUAAAACUGUUAAAUUCAUUAUGAACUGCUUAAGGACUUUAAUUUUUUUUUCAAUAUUCAUUCUCGAAUUGUCGGUGUCCCUGGCAAGGCUGGGAUUUAUUGUCCAUCCCAAGUUGCCUGACUUGAUUACUUCAGAGAGCAUUCAAGAGUAAAUGGGAAGGUUGAGAGUUAUUGUCCAUCCCAAAUUAUCCUUGCUAGGUUACUUCAGAGAGAAUUCAGGAGUAAAUGGUGUUGGUGUGGUGCUGCAGUCACACUUUAGCCAGUUCAGAUAAGACUUUCCCUCAAGUUCUUUAGUGAACUAGAAGUCCUGCAAUGAUGUCCUGGGGCUGAGAUGAUGGCUCUCCAAAAGCCAUAGCUGGAAUUUACAAUUUUCAGAUGGGUCUUUGCUGCCCUCAUGUAUAGAAGCUGAUUAGAAAUACUAAGAGUAGAAGGAGUGGGGGCAAAUGACCAGACACUGGAACAGGGAGGGAAACCUGCGAGAUUGCUAGAAAAUGUUAUUCUAUACUUACCUUUGAGGAUGAUGGAAAGCAUAUUAAUGUGCAUGUUUUUAUUGCUUAAAUAUAGAUGCAUGUCCCAAGAGCUGCAACUUUAUACGUUUACUUUUGAAGUUAUUCGUUUCUGAUGUAAUCGCAUUUUCUAUUAAAUGAAGCGAGUAUAGAGUGCAGCAUUUAACACAAGUUUUCUGUUGUUAAUUCAGUUUUUUUUGGUGAAUGCCAUUUCGAGCAUGAUAGUGGUUUCUCACUUUAUGUGCUGCUGUUCCUCAAAGUCUUAUGUUAUUGAGCUCAUUACAUGUGAUUUAUGAGUUUUAACAAGGAUGUGGUGGGAGGAGAGUCUCAUAGCUGAGCAUUAGUAUUCACUGAACCAUCUUUUUGUGAGUUCUCUCUAGUGGUAUGAACAUAAAUCCAGGCUGACGUUUGAAUGCAGAACUAAAUGAGUGCUGUAUUGUCAGAGGCUGCCUUUUGGAUGAGACAUUAAAACAAGGACCCGUCUAUGUUGUAAUAUGCCUUUAAGUGAUGGCAGCAUGAUAUAACUAGAAGGGAAGUGUGUCAUGUGAUCCAGCUUUAGUUUCAGUUUUGCCUAUGAGCAGGACACAGCACAGCUCUGAUGUCUUCAGGUUUCCUACCUUUGUACAAGUGUUCUUAUGUGCUUCGUCUUGAUAAAUGAACCCCCAACAAUAUUUACCC